CGACUUUACAACCCCAUGCAUGAGAUUACAUGUUCAUGCACGAGAUUACACCCCAAAGUCCGACUUUACAAUACCAGGUUCGACUUUAUAACUCCAUGCACGAGAUUAAAAGCCCAUGCACGAGAUUACAUGUCCAUGCACGAUAUUACAAGGUCAGGUCCGAGUUUACAUGUCCAUGCACGAUAUUACAAGCCUAUGCACGAGAUUACAGUGCUAGGUCCGACUUUACAGUGCCAGGUCCGAGAUUACAAGUCUAUACACGAGAUUACAUGUCCAUGCACGAGAUUACAAGGUCAGGUCCGACUUUACAGUGCCAGGUCCGAGAUUACAAGUCUAUACACGACAUUACAUGUCCAUGCACGAUAUUACAACUCCAUGCACGAUAUUACAAGUUCAGAUUACAAGUCUAUGCACGAUAUUACAACUCCAUGCACGAGAUUACAAGAUCAGGUUCGAGUUUACAUGUCCAUGCACGAUAUUACAACUCCAUGCACGAGAUUACACGUUCAGGUCCGAGAUUACAUGUCCAUGCACGAGAUUACAGUGCUAGGUCUGACUUUACAGUGCCAGGUCCGAGAUUACAAGUCUAUGCACGAGAUUACAAGCCCAUGCACGAUAUUACAAGGUCAGGUCCGAGUUUACAUGUCCAUGCACGAGAUUACAACCCCAUGCAUGAGAUUACAUGUCCAUGCAUGA